GCGUUAACCGCUUACCGCUUUCACUACUCAGCGAGCGACGGAGCACCACACAAUUUUGGAUGUUUCUUCCUAUUAUUUAGUUUCUUCAUGAUGGAUCUUGUGUACGAGCUUAGUGCUGACUUAACUGAAAACUUGGCGGAUAUCGAAUCGCGCCAGGGAAAAAUCUUGCUCGUGCAGAAGUGCAUCAAGCAGCUCUUGAAUUCGAAGGAUGUUGUAGCUUCUCCUGACUUCAGAGAAGCUCUUGAAUGGUUCAACGUGUCACAGCCGCUUUCCCUGAGAAAACACCUAAAGGACAAGCUUGUCCUCUUAGAUUUUUUCACUUAUUGCUGCAUCAACUGCCUUCACGUUUUACCUGAAAUCAAGAAGCUGGAGGAAAAAUACACAGUUGAACACGGCCUUGUAGUGAUAGGUGUUCACAGCGCAAAAUUUGAUGCUGAGAAAUCAUCAAAAAAUGUAGAAGCAGCAGUCCUUCGCCAUGAAAUACAUCACCCGGUUGUGAAUGACGGCAUGAUUUUGUGGAAUCAACUGGAAAUUUCUUGCUGGCCCUCCAUUGUUCUACUUGGUCCUGGCAACAUUCCACUUUUCAUUCUGAUGGGAGAAGGCCACACAGUCAUCCUCGACUUGAUUAUUGAAGCCACUUUGGACUUCUUCAAGGACAAGAUUUCUAUGAAAAGUGUACCUGAAAUUUCACCCCGCUCUCACCUUGCACCAUCAUCAGGCCUGCUGUUCCCUGGACGUGUCGCAGUUUUUGAGGAAAAGCUUUUGAUAGCUGACUCAGGACACCACAGACUAUUAUUGGUGAACUCAAGCACGGGGCAGGUUGAAGUCAAAAUUGGCUGCGGAGACUCAGGGCUGAAGGAUGGCUCCUUCAAGGAAGCUAAGUUCUUUUUCCCCCAAGGAAUCCAGUUUUUGAACGCAGAUGUUGCUUUUGUUGCUGACACUGAAAAUCACGCCAUUCGAAUGAUCGACUUCAGAAAGUGCCUUGUAUCCACAGUAGCAGGAACAGGAGAAAUUGGCAAUGACAGAGUUGGCGGCUCAGUGCCUGCAACAAAGCAACAGUUGAACUCUCCUUGGGGCUUGGCACUUAACCCAAAAAAGACGAUCUUGUUCAUUGCAAUGGCAGGAAGUCAUCAAAUUUGGGGACUAGCACUUGAGGAUACUAAACUUUGGAAAAAGUAUGUCUCAUUCAUAUUUUUGUUUUCAUUCAUUAAAAAAAUCUGUGCCCACAGGAGUUUGAAGCAGGGUUACUGCGUGGCCCUUGCUGGGAGUGGAAGGGAGGAAAACCGCAACAAUUCCUAUCCGCACAUUGCUGCAUUUGCGCAGCCAUCAGGCUUGGCGCUCAGCGGCAAGAAUUCCGACUGCAUUUUGGUCGCAGAUUCUGAGAGCUCCAGCGUUCGGAAAAUCUUGCUAGAUGACGGAGCUGUGUCCGGAGUUGUGGGUGGCGAGAAGAACCCAAAUAACUUAUUUGCAUUUGGUGACAAAGAUGGAAAGUCCACCGAAGCGAAAUUGCAGCACCCUAUUGAUGUCUGCUGGAGUUCAAAACUUGGCCUGGCUUUUGUAGCUGAUACUUUCAACAACAAGAUUAAGAAAAUCGACUUGGAGAAAAACACGUGUGAGACAAUCAUCUUGAAAAGUGAUGCUUUAACUCUCAAGGAGCCCGGUGGUAUUUUCUCUGAUGACGCAAGUGGCAGGAUUUUCAUUGCCGAUACCAACAACCAUGUGAUCAAGGUUGCUGAUGUUAACAACUGGAAUCUCAAAGAGUUUCCAGUUAGGUUUUCAACAGAGGCUGAUUCGGUGACCAAAUUUUUAAAAUCGACUGAAUCGUCUGUGGUGAUUUCAAGCAAUGAACUGAGACUGAAAUAUCAAAUUUUGGUCAAAUUUGAUGGUGCCUUGAAAGCGGCCGCUGAUGCUCCUCAUUCAUAUAUGAUUUCUCUUCCUGAUGACUUCAAAGUUGAUGCUAAAAAAGGAGAGUUGUUUAUAAGGGAGCAGAAGAAUGAACUUUAUGGGACAGUGAGCCUUGAGGUACCGUCUUCUCACCAAAAUGCUCAGGUUGUGACAGUUUUGAAGGUUGUCACUUGUGGCGAUGGAGUCUGCAAAAUGGAAACUCUUAAAGCUGUUUUGAACAUUGUCAGGCAAUCAGACGCCCCACAAUCCUCAAACGAAAAUACCAUCGAAACUGUUUUCGAGUUGUAAUAUUGUAUGAUUUAAUAUGACGAUGUGUCACUCUCCUGUUUGAGAGACGAAACUAAUACCUCAAUGACUAUAUGAUUUAAAUAAUACUAACCAAAUUCAGUGCUAAAAUAUAUUUUACUAAAUAAUAAUUUAUAUUAAUAAACUAGAUUGCGGCUUGAAGUUGCUAUCAAUUUGGUUUCAUA